UGGAUCAUUGAGAGCAAAGGCUGUAAGUUAUGAUGUUUGCCUUUUAAAAAGUCAACUCUGCUCCACAUAUCAUACUUUCCAACUUUCAACAAGACGCUACAACAUGGAUUCAUGGAUUCUGCCUUGGUCUCUCUUCUUUGGAGCCCUUCUUGUGGUUUCUGGCUUGCCAACUCCAGAAAAUUUUGUCAAAGAUGUAGAUGGUGGAACUGAUCGGGAUAUAUUCGAUAUCAAUGAAGAUUUGGGCCUGGAUCUUUUUCAGGGAGACAUCAGACUUAAUGGGGCACAAGGUAGAAAUUCCAUCAUUGGAGCAGAAUACAGAUGGCCUCAUACCAUUCCAUAUGUUUUAGAAGACAGCUUGGAAAUAAACGCCAAAGGAGUUAUCCUCAAUGCAUUUGAACGGUAUCGCCUAAAAACGUGCAUUGACUUCAAGCCUUGGGAUGGAGAAGCUAACUACAUAUCAGUGAUCAAGGACAGCGGCUGCUGGUCUUACGUGGGAAACAGGCGCACGGGCAGGCAAGAGCUCUCCAUCGGCGCGAGCUGUGACAGAAUAGCCACAGUACAGCACGAGUUUCUCCACGCGCUGGGGUUCUGGCACGAGCAGUCGCGUUCUGAUCGGGAUGACUAUGUCACGAUAGUUUGGGACAGAAUCCUGACAGGCAGAGAGCACAAUUUUAACAUCUACGAUGACAAACAAUCAGAUUCCCUGAAUGUUCCUUAUGAUUACAAUUCUGUGAUGCACUACAGUAAAACUGCAUUCCAAAAUGGAACACAGCCAACAAUUGUAACAAGAAUCUCCGACUUCGAGGAUGUGAUUGGCCAACGAAUGGAUUUCAGUGAUUAUGAUCUCUUAAAGUUGAACCGACUGUACAACUGCACUUCUUCCUUGAGUUUUAUGGACUCAUGCAAUUUUGAACUGGAAAAUAUAUGUGGUAUGACCCAAAGUUCAGGAGAUAGUGUUGACUGGCAACAGGUUUCCCAGGCUCCUGGGGGCCCAGAGAAUGAUCAUUCCAACAUGGGACAGUGCCAGGGUUCUGGUUUCUUCAUGCAUUUUGACAGUAGAUCUGUAAACGUGGGUGGCACCGCAGUGCUAGAAAGUAGAAUACUGUACCCUAAACGUGGGUUUCAGUGCUUGGAAUUUUAUUUGUACAACAGUGGAAGUGAAAAUGACCAACUAAACAUCUAUGUGAGGGAGUAUGCUGUCAAUGAUACGAAUGGUAAAUUAACCCUUGUGGAAGAAAUAAAAGAAAUACCCAUGGGGAGCUGGCAGCUCUACUACGUAGCGUUGCAAGUGACCAACAAAUUUCGAGUGGUGUUUGAAGGACGUCGGGGAGCUGGUGCCUCAUUGGGCGGUCUGUCUAUUGAUGACAUCAAUCUUUCAGAAACACGGUGCCCUCAUCAUAUUUGGCAUAUAAGGAAUUUCACACAGAUCCUUGGCAGCCCAAAUACAGCCCUCUAUAGCCCUCCAUUCUAUUCUCCUAAAGGUUAUGCUUUCCAGAUUUACUUGGAUCUACGAUCUUUGACUAAUGUAGGGAUAUAUUUCCACUUGAUCUCUGGAGCCAAUGAUGAUCACUUAGAGUGGCCAUGUCCUUGGCAACAAGCCACAAUGACACUCCUGGAUCAAAAUCCUGACAUUCGACAGCGUAUGUCCAACCAACGGAGCCUCACGACAGACCCAUUUAUGACCAGUGAUAAUGGAAACUAUUUUUGGGACAAUCCUUCUAAAGUGGGAAAAGUGGCUUUUUUCCCUAAUGGAACUCAGUUUAGCAGAGGUGAAGGUUAUGGAACCAGUGCCUUUAUAACUCAAGAGAGGAUGAAAAGCAGAGACUUUUUAAAAGGAAAUGAUGUUUUUAUCUUAUUGACAGUGGAAGACAUAUCUCACCUCAGUUCUACGUCACCUCAGCCAGCCCCAACCUCCACUGUCCUGGACCUUUGCUCAGGAUUCACAUGUGAAAAUGGUGGCAUCUGCAUCAUCCAAGAUGACAAGCCUGAGUGCAGAUGUCCCUCUGGGGAAGACUGGUGGUACAUGGGAGAGAGGUGUGAGAAUCGAGGCUCCAGGCAGGACACUGUUGUCAUCGCUGUUUCUUCCACUGUGGCUGUGUUCGUCCUGAUGCUGAUUGUCACCCUCGUCAGUGUCUAUUGUGUCAGGAGGAAAUAUCUUAAAGGGACAAGUUCCAAGACAGAAAAUAUGACUGUGGAAAAUCAAUGUGCUUUUUGAAGAUGAAGUCAACAGUGUGGCCAGCAAGUAAAAUGAAAAAGGAUUCUUCAUCAUGGGAUUUCACCUGAACUGUGUUACGACCGCCUCAUGCUUCUGGAAAUGGAUCUUCUCUAUAAAUAACUGAAUGUACUGUGCAACGUUAUUGUGGUAAAAGUCAAGCUGGGAAAAUCUCUCUGUCUCCACCCUCCUACCCCCACCCCCGUCUCUCAGAGGAACCCAUUCAGGCUCCUCUGGAAGUACAGCACUGUCAGUAAAAGGGAGAGCGACAAUUGGAGACCACUGUCCCAAUUUCUGAGCCUUCUCUUUGGGGCCAGGGGCAGAGGCCUCACAAAGGCCUCCCCAGGUGGACUUCCGAGCAGCAUCUCAGCAGUUUCUUGCUGUCCUGUCCUGAGGGAGGGAAGGGGAGAGGACACCUGCCAGUCCUGCGCCAUGCCUCUCUGUAACCUGCAUCGUCCUGUUUUCUCAUCUAACCCUGAGGGUAGAGCACUUGAUUUGCAUCUGUUGGAGAGCCUUACUGUAGGCAAAACUUUCUGCUCCUCCAGCUGCAGUUCUCAAAGUUUCGGUGUCAGGAGACUUUGUACUUUAAAAAAUGAGCAGGAACCCCAAAGCGCUUUUGCUUAUGAGAAGUAUUGCUUAUUAAUUGGUAUUUGCCUUAUUAGAAAUUCAAAUUAGCAAAUUUUAAAGCUACAUAUUUUUAAUCAUUAAAAAGAAUAAGCUUACUACAUAUUACCACACAUUUUCUAUUUAAAAAUGACUAUCUUCACCAAACUAAAGAAAACUUAAUAAAAAGAUAAGCAGUGACUUACAUUUUUGGGCACAUCGCUAAGCUCUGAUUUAAUAGAAAACAGCUGGCUUGUCAUGCGUGGUUCUGCACCCAGCCUGGGGUGGUCUGCUAUUCUGGUUGAAGGAUGUGAAGAAACCUAGCCUGGCACGGAUAGAUAGUUCAGAAGGGAAGCAGAGCUGAAUAAGAAACUCACAUUCAAGGAAAGUAGGAAUUCAUCCUAAUACUUUGUUAUAGGGUGAAAAAUAGUAAUUUCUUAAAGGUUAGUUGCAAUUGCAAUCUGAACUCUUAUCAACAAACUUUUAUACUCUAUUCAGUAAUUUGUACUAGUCUAUUUUUUGGUUUGUUUGUAUUUGGGACAAUAUAUAUAGUUUUUUCUUUGAGACAGAGUCUCACUAACUUGCCCAAGCUGACAUGGAACUUGCUAUCCUCCUGCCUCAUCCUCAAUCAUGUAAAAAUGUUUUAUUAUCCAGACAUGGUUGUGGGACAUCUAUAAUCCCAGCACUCUAAGAAGCUGAGGCAGAAGGAUCACAAGCUCCAACCCAGCCAGAGCAAUUCAGUGACUUAGUGAUCCUGUUCCAAAAUAAAAAGUAGAAAGAUCUGGGAUGUGGCUCAGGGUAAAGGCCUUGAGUUCAAUCCCUCGUACUGCAAAAGCAAACAAAACCAAAAUGGAACAAACAAGCAAGCCUCCCCACCCUUUUCUAGUAAUAGAAUUACACUCCAUGAAACCUUUUGCAAUUGUUUCUUUCUUCCAAGACUUUGCAUAAUUCUUUGUAGAUUCAUCCAGGCUAUCGUGUGUUUACUUAUGUUCCUUUUUACUAGUGAGUAUAGUAGUAACCCACAGUACAGGUUUACCACAGUCUGUUUAAUUAUUAUUUUGUUGAAGGACAUCCGGAUAGUUUCCAAUUUUGGGCUCUUGCAAAUAGAGCUGCUAUAGAUGUUUUUGUACAGAUUGUUGUGUACAUAUUAAUCUUCAUUUCUGUGGAUUACAUGCCCAGAAGAGCUAUUGCUGGGUCAUAGGAUAGUUACAUGCUUGGUUUGUAAAGCAACUGCCCACAUGAUUUGCUCUGUGACUACAGCAUUCCACAUUCAUACUGAUAAUAAUACCUGAACGAUCCGGUCUGUUUGCCUCCUUGACAGCUUUUGGUGUUCUCAUUAUUUUCUUUUUUGUAUUUUUGAGACAGGGUCUCUAUGCAGUUCAGGCUGGCCUUGAGCUCACUUUGUAGUCCAAGCUGGUCUCGAACUCGCAACGAUCCUCCUGCCUCAGCCUCCCGAGUGGUGAGAUUACAGGCCUGAGCCACCACAGCCGGCUCUGUUGUCAUUAUUUUCAUAAUAGACUUUAUUUUCUAGGGUAGUUUUAGAUCAUAACAAAAUUGAGCAGAGAUAUACAGAUUUUUUUUUCUUUAUGCUGUUAGUACUGUGGGUUACAUUGAUUCUGAAUUCUAAACACACCGUAUAUCCCUGUAAUACACUGCACUUGAUCAUGGUAUGUGAUUUUCUUCAUAUGCUGAAUUUGAUUUGCUUAUAUUUUGUUAAAGAGUUGUUGUAUUCGUAUCUCUCAGGGAUGUUGGUCUAUAGUUUGCUGUCGUUGUGUGUCUUGGUUUUGGCACCAUCCAUGCCUGGCUUUUGUAUCUGGGUACUAUUAGCUUCAUGAAAUGAAUCGAGAUAUGUUCAUUCCCUUUGUGUUAUCUUUUUUUUAAUUUUUAAAAAAUUUUAUUUUAAAGAGAAUAAAAUCAAACAAAAUAAAACAGAAUAAAGCCACUCAGAAUAAAACAGUGAAAGUGAUACAGGACUUCAAAAGAGGGUAAUAGAAAAUCAACAAUGGCUUUCAUCAUGCCUCCUGCUAUCUUCAAAACUGUAGCCCAUACCAUCAGAUAUAAUAAAAUCAAACAAAACGAAACAGAAUGGAAUCAGUAAAACAAAA